AUGCUACACAUCAUAAAGGUUAUCGAUACUACCAUCCUCUUAUGCAAGGGCAGACGCAUAGAGGGACAAAUGGGGUCAGUCGACCCCAUGGCAGCUAGGAAAUGCAGUAGAGAAGGACUGGUGCCACCCUGUGGUUGGUUGGUGUGCGACCCUAAGGUGCACACCAAGUGCUCGAUGAAAUGCCCAGCAGAGGAAAGAAGAAUAAGCUAG